AAAUACAAGAAGAAUCUCGAUUCGAAGAAGAUCGAUGGUAACUCGAUCGUUGAAGAAAAAUCAAGAGGUAUCGCGAAGGUGAUUCUUAGGUCGGGGCUGGGUUCGGUCGGGUUCGGGGUCGGAGUCAAGUUUUCCUGGUUGCGACGUGCGCUGUAACCGUUGCGCCGUGUAACCUUCUGUCAGCCGUCGUCACCGGAGACCGAGUACUCGCCGAUCAGAGGAAAGAUGGCUACGAACUUGGGGGUAGAGUGUCAGUACUUUUUCGAAGAUGUCGUCUACCGUGUGGACAAAAAAGGUAACGUUGUCUUUGGGAUCGUUAUGGAGAACGACGACGAAGAUUUAUCCGAAGAAAGUUCUGACAGUGAAGAGAGUCCGAAGAGGAAAAAGGGCGAGAUUCGCGUGGUCUGGCAUCCCUCCGGUGUUGAGGAGUUGGUCAACGCGAAAAAGGUUCACUUAGCAGACAGAACACUUAUGCCAGGGGAUGUUGUGCGUCGAAUGAUCAAAGGAAAAGACACACAAAGAGGAUAUUGCAGAGAAAUUGAAUUGACUGCUUGUGUGCAAGCGAUUGGUAGUAAACAGGUCCUUACAAACAUUAGGAGUGAGAAUUUAGUUCCUUUGGAGGAAUUUGCAACAGAUAUAGCUGUUUGCAUGGAUUCUUGGGUUGGUGGUAUAAAAAUGGCACAUUUCAAGUUAUGGCUAACUACACCUGAUGGAUCUCGUUGUGUUGUAAAUGACAUGGAUUCUCGCGUCUUAGGACAAUUAGAAGAAAAACGAGAUAGUGAUAAUGACUUUCCUCAUUCUUCCGAAUUUUAUCCCGGUCAAUGUUUGUGGGGACCAGUUCACUGCCUGGAAGAUGCACAGUGGAUCACUUGUACAAAAGAAAUGAAAGCAAAAAGAAAAACCAAACCGUUGAAAAUGACAAAAGUGACUGUAGAAAAAGUAGAAACAGAUUGGGUUGGAGUGUACUGGCAGUGUCAAGCAUAUUCGAAGGAUGGCGCUUGGUCAGAUCAGGCCCAACCAAAGUUUGUGGUAGAAGGAGAAAACUUGAAAAAAUUGAAAAUAUUAAACGUAUUUGAACCCUCAACCGUACAAGUGGGAGAUCGAAAUUUCUAUGUAAUUAAAGGUGACGAAAAUGUCAUAACGCGAGAGCAGUGGAGGAAGCAGCAAAGAGACGUAUUUCAAGGUCCUAAGCAUAGUCCAAAGAAAACCCAUCCGAAUAUUAGUAUCACGAAGCAAGCAGAAGACAAAAAAAAGGAUAAAGAUAAAGAACAGCAAGCGUUAGAGGAGAAUGCUCAGAAUAAUAUUAAUAAUUUACAAAACAUAACAAGCAAUAACACUUUAAUGCCUCUGGCAAAAAACCAAAAUACUGAAAGUUCCGACGAUUGGGAUACAGAAGACACGGGUUCGCAAAGUGAUAGCGCUUCGGUAUCCAGCGGUUGUUCAAGUAUGUCGUCUAUGGGUAAAAAGAAGAAGGGUCCUGCUUUAAUGACUAAAGUAUUGAAAAAAAAAAAGUUGUGUAAAGCAAAGAAAAAGAUUCCACCACUUCCACUUAUUCCAGGAACUAAAAUUGUUGUGGAAACAUUAUCCACGAACACAAAAGCUAAUGUAGUGUGGCAAGAUGGCUCGGUAGAAUUUGGUAUCCCAUCGACGCAACUUUAUCCGAUUCAUUAUUUGGAUGAUAAAGAGUUCUUUCCAGGUGAUUUUGUAGUUGAUCAGAAGGAAGAAUCUAGAAUGUAUGGUGUAGUCCAAAGUGUUGAUCACCAAGGUAGAACAGCCAAGAUAAAGUGGUUUAAAACGUACACUUCUACUCAAAGUCCAAAACCAAUUUUACUAGAAGAACGUGAAGUUAGUGUCUAUGACCUGAAGGAUCAUCCAGAUUUUCAAUACAGACCUGGUACGUUAGUAAUUCGAAUAGCUAAUUUCGAAGGGGAAGAUGCUGGAUGCACUGCUGGUCAAGUAUUAGAUAAUUAUCCAGAAGGACGGGUUAAAGUGUGGUGGGUUGAUGGGCAUGUAAGUAUGUGUUGGCCUCAAGAUUUGUAUAAAGUAGGCGAAUACGACAGCGAUGAGGGUGAAUUAUGGGACGAUGUGUCAUCGGAUGCGUCGUGGGAGACAGAAUUGGAGGAUUGUUUCAUUGCUGACACCGAUGGAACGGAACAAGCGGAGCUUAAAAAUAUAAAGCCAAAAUUAGCUGCUCACAUUGAAAAAGCUCGCAUUGCGAUGUCAAGGCUGGAAGAGAUCUUUACUCAAAAUCCAUCGCUUCAGACGACCGAGGUUAUGCGAAAAUUAUUAGAAGUGUAUAAAGACUGUCGAUGCAUGGAUAAACUUAUGGGUACCUCUUUCUUUCAUGAGAGUCAUUUUCAAGGACUAUUGGAAAGAGUCCGAGAACGCGGCCGAGCGAACGUAGCUCAGCGUAUGGCGGAUCAAGUGACAAGAUUAUUUACUCAUAAAUCCGACGGUUCCGAGGAAAACAUAGAAAAGGAUAAUACAGAAAGUACAGAGAAAGUCAUCACCGUAACAGACAUGACAGAAUCCAUCGACAAUACAAACAACCAGAGCACAGAUAAGCAACAGAACAUAAAAGGCGAAGAGUCAAGCGAUCGAUUGUUUAUCAAUGUCAAUCCAAAUCCUGAAGACUCUGGAUUAUAUUCCGCCGAAAAUUCAAAAAAAGAAUCUGGCUCGAGCGAGUCAAGCGGGGAAUUUCUACUCAGUGAGGAUGCAAACAAUGUACCUGAUCGUUCAGCGGAAAAAUUUGAAGCCUACAAAUCUACAAGGACACAGUUGCAUGUAACAGGAUCUCACGUCGCCGGUUCACAAGUUUGCGUCAAACUUUGUACUUUGAUAAAAGCUCAGCUUGUGUUAGCGCAUGCAGAAGUCUCGAAACGAUUUGGAUUAUCAAAGAUGUCAUUGUCUGAUGCUGAAAAGGGUACAUCUCCUUUAAAAAAGCAGAAGAAAGAAGAAGAGAAACGUGUAGAAUUAUUGCAAGAACCAUCCGAAACCCCGAUAGAAAUUCCUCCCCCAAUAUACGCAGAGGGGGAAGGAUUUUCCAUAGAAGAAACAGCCCCGGAUUGUCAUAAAUUUAAGUUAACGAUGUUUCAACCUACGGAUCCCACGAAUUUUUUCCGAACUGUUUCCAAGGAAUUAAAACUUUUGAAGAGUUCACUCCCCCCCGGUAUAUGGGUAAAAGGAUUCGAAGAUAGGAUAGAUUUAUACUCUGUAAUGUUUCGUGGACCGGAAAAAACACCGUACGAAGACGGUCUCUUUCUUUUCGAUUUUCAAUUAUCUGCCGAUUACCCUGUUGCUCCACCGCUUUGUCAUUACAUCUCUUAUUGCAACGAUAGAUUGAAUCCGAAUCUUUACGAAGACGGUAAAGUUUGCGUUAGUCUGCUUGGAACGUGGUCCGGUCGUGGAACGGAAGUAUGGACUGGUUCUUCGACUUUAUUACAAGUUAUAGUCUCAAUUCAAGGCCUCAUUCUAGUACCCGAACCAUAUUUUAACGAAGCUGGCUUUGAAAACCAAAAAGGCUCCCAACAAGGGAGAGAAAAUUCAAGAAUGUACAAUGAAAUGGUUGUUCUGAAAUUGGUUCAAGCACAGACUAAACUUCUUCUACACCCGCCAGCUAUCUUCAAAGAUAUUAUUAUUGGACAUUUUAAAAGACACGCGAAUAAAUUAUUACAACGAUUAGACUUAUGGAUGGAAAUUUCUGAGCAACACAACAAUCAACAUCCAUUGUCUCCGGUAACACCUACUACUUUUAAACAGAUAUCGGAUGUUGACAAAAAGAUUCUUCCAGAAUUUCCAUUGAUACCGGCAUCCAAAGGCUUUUGUAUAACACUUCGUAAAACUUUAGCUACGUUCAGAGAAGUACUGAUUAAGGAGGGCAUUAUUGAAGGGGGCAACGAAGUAGAUGAUAGUAAACACAUAAAUGAACAAACGAACAGUAUCAAGAACGGAUGUUAUGAACCAUGUAAAAUUGCUGACGUUGAUAUACAAGAUUGUGACAGCAAUAAAAAGACCAGCCAAGAAGGUAGUAGCAGAUUAACAUCAAACGGUAACUUGUCCAAUGACAUUGUUUCAUCAUCUUCGACGAAUAUUUCCACCACGCCACUAAGCGAAACGAAGAAAAACACUUCGGACCGUACUAUCAGCUAGCCACAAGGUAAACCUAAGUUUAAACUUAAAAAUUUAACAUAUAAAAGGUACACGAGUAUGCGGUAAUAUAUUCAACUAAUUUAUUUAUAUACAUAUGUUAAAAGUAUAUUCAAUGAUAAUUGCGGUAUCUAUUUCUUGAAUACUAACACCACUAUUAACGAGCGAUAACAUUUCAACAGAAACGCCGCUGUCAUUGCUCCGCAGCUAGAUAUACAUAUAUAUUUGUUACUAUAAAGUAACUAUAAUGGUAACAUAAAUAAAUGCGAUCAUAUAAGCAUGUGUGAGAGCAAUUAAGAUCUUGUUCUUACAUAGAAUACUAUCAACUUCCAGGACCUAUUAUACAAUUA